UGUCGCUCGGCUCAACGACAGAUCAGACAGUCGGCCAAAAUGUUGAGAAUUACGAUCCGGGCAGAUAUGGGAGCCCUUUGGGUUUUAUUCUGCAUUAUGUAUUCUCAGUUUCUGGCCGUAUCCUCGGAUGACAUAGUGGUGGCAUGUGGAGGAUUUGUCAAAUCCGACGUUGAAAUCAAUUACUCGCUGAUCGAGAUCAAACUGUACACCAAACAAGGCUCCUUGAAAUAUCAAACUGACUGUGCUCCAAUCAAUGGCUACUUCAUGAUCCCUCUAUACGACAAGGGAGACUUUGUUUUGAAGAUUGAGCCUCCCCUCGGGUGGAGCUUUGAGCCUACCAGUGUUGACCUCCAUGUAGAUGGAGUCAGUGACAUCUGCACAAAAGAAGAAGACAUCAACUUUGUUUUUACUGGCUUUUCUGUCUCAGGAACGGUUCUGAGUAAAGGCCACCUCCUGGGCCCGGCAGGAGUGGAAGUCAAACUCAGCCGGGCGGGGACAGAAGAGAAACUCCAGAGUGUCGUCACACAGCCUGGAGGAAAGUACACCUUCUUCAAAGUGCUCCCCGGAAAUUAUGACAUCACAGCUUCCCAUCCCUCUUGGAGUCUGGAGCAGAGCUCCACAUCAGUGCUCGUGUCCAACUCCAACGCCCCGGCUGCCGACCAUCUGGUGGUCGGAGGCUACGACGUCUCAGGGGAGGUCCGCAGCGAUGGAGAGCCCAUGAAAGAGGUCACUUUCCUACUGUACUCCGCCACAGUCAAGAAAGAGGACGUCAGCGGCUGCAACACAUCCCCAGUGGAGGGAGCAGAUUCUGGGGACAGCUCUCUGGUCUACCUGUGCAGUGCUCUGUCCAGGGAAGACGGGACCUUCCUCUUCCCCUCACUGGCCAGUGGCGAGUACACUGUGGUGCCGUUCUACAGGGGAGAAAGGAUCACUUUCGACGUCGCUCCCUCUAGAAUGAAUUUCAAGGUGGAGCACAACAGUUUGAAGCUAGAGCCCAUCUUCCGCGUCAUGGGCUUCUCCGUGACGGGCCGAGUUCUCAACAGUGUCGAUGGCGAGGGUGUACCUGACGCCACGGUGUCCCUCAACAACCAGAUGAAAGUCAUCAGCAAGGAGGAUGGUUCCUUCCGACUGGAGAAUAUGACAGCUGGCACCUACACCAUCCGGGUCAAUAAGGAGCUCAUGUUCUUUGAGUCGAUCACAGUGAAGAUCGCCCCCAACACACCCCAACUUCCUGACAUCAUCACAGCAGGGUUCAGUGUUUGUGGUCAGAUCUCCAUCAGCAACCUGCCCGAAGGCAUGAAGCAGCAAGGUCGCUACAAGGUCACUCUGACACACCAGGGCCAGGAUAAGACCUCCGGCCGGACCGUUGACUCCGACCUCCAGGGAGCUUUCUGCUUUCAGACCAAACCUGGAGACUACAGCGUCCAAGUGUCUCUCCCUGAUGUCGAGGUGAAAGCAGGUCUAGCUCUGCAGCCUCAAGCCCUGGAGGUCUCCCUUGUGGACCGGCCCCUCACAGACCUACUUUUCACUCAGUUCAUGGCCUCUGUCUCUGGGAAAGUCUACUGUUUAGCAUCCUGUGACGACCUGUCAGUAACGCUUCAACCUGUGAGUCGGCAAGGAGAGAGAAAAGCGGUGGCUCUUUCUGGCGGCGGCGACAUCCUCAGCUUCUCUUUCGACAACGUUCUACCCGGAAAAUACAAAGUGAGCAUUUCUCAUGAGGAGUGGUGCUGGAAACACAAGUCCGUUGAAGUGGAGGUUCUGGAUUCUGACGUCUUGGGUGUGGAAUUCAGACAGAUCGGCUACAUCCUGCGCUGCUCCCUCUCCCACGCCAUCACUCUGGAGUUCUUCCAAGACGGCAGCAAACCUGAGAACGUCGGCGUUUACAACCUCUCUAAGGGAGUCAACCGCUUCUGCCUCUCCAAACCCGGUGUUUACAAAGUCACCCCUCGCUCCUGCCACCAGUUCGAACAGGACUUCUACACCUACGAUACCUCAGCCCCCAGUAUCCUGACUCUCACUGCAGUGCGGCAUCACAUGACCGGCCUCAUCACCACAGACAAGAUCCUAGACGUCACAGUCACCAUCAAAUCUUCCAUCGAGAGCGAGCCGGCGCUGGUGCUGGGCCCUCUUCGGAGCCAGGAGGAGCAGAGAUUAGAGCAGCAGCUGCAAGAGAUUCAACUGCGCCGUCAGGAACGGGAGCGCCGUGCCGCUGAAGAGGAGGGCGGCGCCAGAGAUGAUAGCCCUCCUUUCCAAGAGAAGGCUGACGAACUGACAGGACCCUUCCAUUAUGAGUUCUCCUACUGGGCCAGGGCUGGAGAGAAGAUCACAGUGACUCCCUCCUCCAAGGAGCUGCUGUUCUAUCCACCUGAAGUAGAGGCCACCAUCACUGGAGAGUCCUGUCCAGGUCGUCUGGUGGACAUCUCAGGGCGUGCAGGUCUCUUCCUGGAGGGCAAGGUGUCACCAGAGCUACAGGGAGUGGAGAUUUCCAUCACUGAGAAAGGAGCUGCUGCACCACUCAUCACUGUGGCCACUAAUGAGAUGGGGGCAUACAGCGUGGGUCCCCUCCAUAGCGACCGGCAGUACGACAUCAGUGCCAGCAAAGAAGGUUUUGUUCUGAGUCCCGUGGAAGGAUCCCAGGGAGAUUUCAAGGCGUUCGCUCUGGCUGGUGUCACCUUCAAGAUCAAAUCAGAGGAUGGUAACGCGCUCUCAGGAGUCCUUCUGUCUCUGAGUGGAGGACAGUUUCGCUCCAACCUGUUGACUCAGGACACUGGUCUCCUCACCUUCAAUAACCUGAGUCCCGGUCAGUACUACUUCAAGCCCAUGAUGAAGGAGUUCCGCUUUGAGCCAGCAUCUCAGAUGAUCACAGUGGAGGAGGGUCAAAACCUCAGUAUCGAUAUAACUGGCAUUAAGACUGCAUACAGCUGCUACGGAGCCGUACUGUCUCUGAGUGGGGAUGCAGAGAGGGACGUGGCUGUGGAGGCGGUGGGUCAGGGAGAGUGUAGCCUCUACAGCGAGGACACCAUCACUGAUGAGGAGGGCCGCUUCAGACUCAGGGGUCUGCUGCCGGGUUGCAAGUACCUGAUUCGGCUCCGAGCUGAAGGCAACGACCACAUAGAGAGAGCCCUACCACAGCACAGAGCUAUAGAGGUCGGCAGUAAUGACAUUGUAGGGGUCAACAUCAUCGCCUUCAGGCAAAUCAAUCAGUUUGACCUCAGUGGAAACGUCAUCACGUCCCCUGAGCACCUCUCAACACUAUCAGUGAAGCUGUAUAAGAGUGACAAUCUGGACAACCCAAUCAACAGUGUUUCUCUUGGACAGUCCCUCUUCUUCCACUUCCCUCCUCUGGACAAAGAUGGAGAGAGCUACGUGCUGAUGCUUUACUCCACGCUGUCCCGUUCGCAGUAUGAUUUCACUCUGCCUCAGGUCUCCUUCACCUCCACCGGUUACCACAAGCACAUCACACUUACCUUCAACCCCACCCGUAAAGUGCCUGACCAGGACAUUGCCCAGGGCUCAUACAUAGCUCUGCCCCUCACUCUGCUGCUCCUGUUAGCAGCAUACAACCAUGAAAAGGUCAUCCCCCUGCUGUUACAGAUCGUGAAUCGUAUCCAGGGUGUGAGGAGCAUGGCUCAAGCCAGUGGGGACAGCGCUAGCCUGGAUGAAGCCAAACGCCAGGCCAAGAGACAGAAGUCAAGACGUACAUGAGGACAUAACCCCCACGGAUCACACGGUGCACCUCAGACCACGCCUUUGUACACUAAAUAUCACACUAGCACCCGUGAUCACAGCCUCAGAGAGACUUGUGUGUGUUAGCUCAUGCUGUAGAUGCUGGUUCACUAGAUUAACCGUCAGUCUCUUUAGCUAACGAUGGGUGCUAGUGAACCAUUUAGCUUGCCAAGGUGCGAUUUGAAAACGCGCCUCCAAAGUGAAGCCCAAGUCAUACCACUCAACACGCAUUACCACCACCUCAUCAGCCACUCAGAUUUCACUGGACUGAUAGCUGACAUUUUACAAGUUUUUCUUCUUUUUCUUUUUUUGUUUAAAACUUUAUUUUCCAGAGCACUCUAUGUCAAAAGAAAAAUGUCAAUAUUUGUGAUAGAAUGAGCCAUUUUUAUACCUUUGUAAUUUAUCUAGGUCAACUAAAAUCUUAUGUUGUGAAAGCACUUGAAUGCUUUGGAUAUCUGUCCCGAGUUUUAAGGACUGUGGAUAACCAUGUGUCUUGCCUACCAGCAAUGGGGUCAGCUCAGUCACUUCAAACAAUAUGCAAAGGGAAGUAUCUUCAGAAUAAGGCUGGAAUUUGAUCUAAUUGGAUCUUUUGAUCUUUUAAAUUUAUAGAUGAAACUGAUUUCAUAUUAAAUUAACUCCAAACUGAACUGACCCCGAUAAUUCCAUCACAAACUGGAGAUAUUGUAAAUGCUAACUAUGACUGAACGAGGUUGAAAGACUAAUAACGGCUUAAUACCAUUGUCAGUCAUGUCAUAUCAAUUCAAGGUAAAACACCCACAUGUUACCGUAAUGCACUCCACUCCUGAUGGUAUUUUAUAAGCGAGAUGCAAACUCGACUUUAUCUUGACAGUUUCUCCAUUAGCUCAGGAAAGUGAUGGCAGAUAGGGUGCUGGAAAUUUCGGUUUGAAUACUGUGUGAGGAGAUUUUUUGUUUUGUUUUUUC